UGCCAUGGGUGUUCGAAUGAGAGAAAGCAAUGUAGAAGACAUCGCACCCAUGUUAAUUGUCAAUAUCGCGAGUAGUAAUAUGUUGUGGUUGUCGAUAAUUCAUGCAUAAAACGGGCACUGUGUGUAUAGUGAAGGAAAGAAGAAAAAAAACGAGCAACACACAAAUACCAUUGUAUAGUUUCUUUAUUUCUGUUCAUCGCACACGCAUAACUGAAAAGUCACUUUGGCGGAAAAAAAAAUUGGAAUCUUGUUAUUGACCGUACACGCAGUGCACACACUGUCAAGUAGCUGGAAAACAAAAUAGAAAAUACAACAUGACUGAAUCCGAAACAAGUGUAAAAACCUACUCAUUGGCCGAAAUUGCAAAACACAAUUCAAAUCAAUCAUCAUGGAUCGUCAUUCAUAAUAACAUUUAUGAUGUGACAAAGUUUUUAAAUGAGCAUCCCGGUGGUGAAGAGGUGCUUUUGGAACAAGCCGGUAAAGAUGCAUCGGAAUCGUUUGAAGAUGUUGGUCACAGCACCGAUGCCCGUGAAAUGAUGCAACGCUACAAAGUCGGAGAGGUUAUCGAAUCGGAACGAACAGCAGUACAAGAAAAAACACCCCAAUACUGGAACAACGAUCAAUCAACCAAGGACGAAGAAUCAGCAUACAAACAGUGGUUGAUCCCGUUGGUGUUGGGCAUUCUAGCAACAAUUAUUUAUCGCUAUCUCUUUUUGUAACACCAUAGCCCAAAAUCAAAUCGAAUGCCUACUAGCUUUUUUCGAAAUGACACAUUGAGUGAAAUAAACUGUGUAGUCUAUAAAAACACAAAUGAAAUUUACGCGAACAAAAUCGUUUUGAAAAUUGAGGGAACGAGAAAUUUGUUAACUUUUAGAAAAAAAAAGAAA